AACAGCUAUAAGAUGCAAGGCUUGCCCCUCUCCUUGAGCUUCAUCUGCAGCUUUAUCCCAAUUCUUCCGCUCUAUUACUUCUCUCUACACUGUUUGAUACCCCUAGCUAUUCAAGAUGGCGCCCAAGAUUGCAAUUGUCUACUACUCCAUGUACGGCCACAUCAAGAAGCUGGCCGAUGCUGAGCUGAAGGGUAUCCAGGAGGCUGGUGGUGACGCCAAGCUCUUCCAGGUCGCCGAGACCCUUCCCCAGGAAGUCCUCGAGAAGAUGUACGCCGGCCCCAAGGCUGCCGAUGUCCCCGUCCUUGAGGACCCCUCUGUCCUCGAGGAGUUCGACGGUAUCCUCUUCGGUAUCCCUACCCGUUACGGAAACUUCCCCGCCCAGUUCAAGGCUUUCUGGGACAGGACUGGCAAGCAAUGGCAGCAAGGAAGCUUCUGGGGCAAGUACGCUGGUCUCUUCGUCUCCACCGGUACUCAGGGUGGUGGCCAGGAGAGCACCUGCUUGGCUGCCAUGAGCACCCUCGCCCACCACGGCUUCAUCUACGUGCCAUUGGGCUACAAGACCACAUUCGCCGACCUUGCCAAUCUGAACGAGGUUCACGGUGGCUCCGCCUGGGGCGCUGGUACCUUUGCCGGCGGUGACGGCUCCCGCCAGCCCUCUGAGCUCGAGCUGAGGGUUGCCGCUGCCCAAGGCAAGGCCUUCUACGAGGCCGUUGCCAAGGCUCACCAGUGACUAGAUGAUGGUACUGCAGGCGAAAAGAAGGCGGUAGAAACUACGACCGCUACGAGUAAUGGCACUACACCUGCGCCAGCGGACAAGGCUUCUAGCACUCCUGCUGCUACUGCUGCUCCUGCUGCUGCAACUUCAUCACAACCUCAGCAAAAGACCGAAAAGGACAAGGAGGGUCCUUGCGGACUGCCCUCAAAGUGCGAUAUCAUGUAGAUCUUCUGUCAAACCUACCUUCUUAAUUUAUAUAAACGAAAUGAAUGAU